AGAAAGGUGGUGGUGUUGUUCUCUGCCGAAAUUGGGUUUGAAUCUGAAAGCUCCAAGCAUAGCUCAUCAUUCCUCACUCUCUCGCUCGUAGCUCCUUACCACCUCUACUCUCUGUGAAACGAUGAAACCGAUGGUACUAUCUACUUUUGGGAGCUGGAUAUAAGAAGACAUGGGUGGUUGCUGUUGCUGUUCUUCCAAGGACACUGAUUCUGCUCAAAAUACCUACUAUUACUACCCGAGAGUAUCAGAGGAGGAUGUUCCGUUAUCAUCCAAUCAUGGUGCUGCGUCUGUUUUUGCUGGAGGUCUGUUAGUUGAUACUAAUCUAGAUACUACAAUUCCUGAUACUUAUACACCACCUCCUGCUCCUGCACCUUUCAAUGUUACAUUAGGUCCCAAUCCAACUCUACCUGUAGCCAGAGAAAUUUGUGCUGACAAAACUAAUGCAUCAGCUGCUGGGGCAAAUCAUGAGGCCUCGGCUAAGUUGGAAGAGCUGAAGGAAUCAGCAGGGCUCAAAGUUCAGACAGACCUAGAACUACGAAAACUGGUAGAACCUAUCAUUUUAGAGGAAGAGGAGGAUGUGUGCCCAAUUUGUUUAGAGGAGUAUGAUGCAGAGAAUCCAAAACUCACUACAAAAUGUGAUCAUUAUUUCCACCUUGCAUGCAUUCUGGAAUGGAUGGAAAGAAGUGAAACUUGUCCUGUAUGUGAUCAGGAUAUGGUUUUGGACCCUCUCAUUCACUGAAGACAUGGCCAACUUUGUUCAAGCAUGCUGUAGAUUGUAGAGAGCUCUGGUUAAAAACGCUAAACUUUUCUGUUCUGGCAACCCAAGUAUAUGGUUUUAUUUGUUCAGGUUUCAAGGUUUCGUGGGGAUUCUUUUUCCAUUUCCUAUGCUCAAUCCGGCUUGUUGAUAACGGGAAAUUUCAUUCAUCUUCGUGGUUAUUUAGUUAGAAAGUUGAAGUGAUAUCCGCAGACCAAAUGGAACGGUGAACUGUUGUAAAUAGAAUUUAUAUGAUUCACAGAGCUUAUUCUUGGAGACAACUUAAUUACAGAACAGAGAAGUGAAUAUACUUUUCGUUUACUCGUAAUGUCUAUCACU